GCUAUUUUAUUUUGGCUGCCAUUUGUGCUUGAUAAAGCUCUCACUAUACUUGAUGAACAAACUGAAGUCAAUAAUAAUAACACAACCAAUCCUAUCACUCAGGAUAUCUAUAUUUUUGUAAACAAAGAAGGUUUAGACAAUAAUCUUGACAUUAAUAUAACAAAUAACUCCUAUGAUAAUAUCAAUUUUAGUGAUGAAGAAAGCAAUUUUGAUAAUCUGAAUAUAUUUGCAACAUGGUUUCCAAUUAAUAAAAUAGCAUACUUUUCUACUAAUAUAUAUAAAGGAAAAUUACUAUCAAAGCAGCAAUGUUCCAACAUCCUCAGAAAAGAACCAAGAAAUAUGAAUAUUAAAUACAACCCUCUCGCAAUAGACAGAUAUAUAUAG